AUGAAUAAGAAAAGAUACUUUCUGGAUCCUCCAGAGGUCAAAGACUACCUGGUCAAAGGAGAAAGAUUUACCAAAUGGUCAGAGGACUCAACAAAAACUGUUCCCGUUACCAUGAAGAUGGAUCCGAAAGGGUUUUACGUCUACUGGAUGAACCAGAGCAAGGAGACAACAUUCCUGGAUGUUGCCAAUAUCCGAGAUACCAGAACAGGAAAAUAUGCUAAACUUCCCAAACACCCCAAGGUCCGCAACGUGUUCAACUUGGACUUCCCAGACAGCAACCAUCUUGCCAAAACCCUAACUAUUGUCUCAGGUCCAGACACGGUGAAUCUGACCUAUCAUAACUUCUUUGCCUCAAAGGAAAAAGUGACACAGAACUGGGCGGACGACAUUCUUGCGAUUGCCUAUAAUGCUGCAAGAAACAAUGCAUGCAGACAGGUCUUCCUGGAUAAAAUAUAUGUCCGGAUUUCUCUUCAGACCAACAAAGAUGGAAAGAUCCCAGUGAAACAUAUUUACAAGAUGUUCCCUGCGGAUAAGAAGAGGGUGGAAAGUGCUUUGGCAGCAGCACAACUCCCUAAAGGAAAGUAUGACACCAUUAAGCCUGAUGUGUUCACCGAGGCUGCCUUCAGGACCUUCAUGACAAACCUCUGUCCUCGGCCUGAGAUCUAUGAGAUCUUCACUUCCUACUCCACCAAGCCCACCAUGACGAAGGAAAAUUUCACCAAGUUCCUCAAUGAGAAACAGAGAGACUCUCGGCUCAAUGAGGAACUCUUUCCACGUCUGCGGCAAGACCAGAUCAAGGCUCUGAUUGACAAGUAUGAACCUACCUCCACUAAUUCUAACAGAGGUUUGAUUUCUCCAGAAGGUCUUUUAUUCUUCCUGAUGGGUCCAGAGACAUCAGCUGUCAUGCAGGACCGUCUGGCCAAGAGUCAGGACAUGACCCAACCCAUACCUCACUACUUUAUCAAGUCUUCACACAACACAUACCUAACAGCUGGUCAGUUCUCGGGCGUGUCCUCCCCAGAGAUGUACCGCCAGUGUCUGCUCUCCGGCUGCCGAUGUCUUGAGCUGGACUGCUGGAAGGGUAAACCUCCAGAUGAAGAGCCCAUCAUUACUCAUGGCUUCACCAUGACCACUGAGAUCCUGUUCAAGGACGUGAUAGAGGCUAUUGCAGAGAGCGCCUUCAAGACCUCACAGUACCCUGUCAUCCUCUCCUUCGAAAACCAUGUUGACUCGGUGAAACAGCAGGAGAAGAUGGCCAACUACUGCAAAACCAUAUUUGGUGAUGCCCUGUUAACAGAGCCGCUGGAAAAAUACCCUCUGAAGCCGGGUCAGCAGAUCCCCAGCCCAUCUGAGCUCAUGGGUAAGAUCCUCAUCAAGAACAAGAAGGGCAGCCACGAGAAGCCGGCCCAAAAUAAGAAAACUACCACAGCAGCCACCGACCAGACUGCAGCCACAGCUGCACCCACCCAGGGCUCGAACACCCCUUCCCAGGAUGAUGCCAACCCAGCGCCUAGCACCCAAGAGACCCAAGCAGAAGCAGAUGUGGCUGUGGAGGAUACCGAGGAGCAAGAAGAAACAGAGGAACAGGAUGAGGAGAAAAUGAAGACAUCAGAUGAGGGCACUGCUGGACAAGAAGUAACAGCAUAUGAGGCAAUGUCAUCCAUAGUCAACUACAUCCAGCCCAACAAAUUCAUCUCUUUUGACAACGCCAGAAAGAAAAACAAGAGUUACUCCAUCUCUUCUUUUGUGGAGACUAAAGGGGAGGCAAUGAUUGCCAAGAGUGCUGUUGAAUUUGUUGAAUACAAUAAGAGGCAAAUGAGCAGGAUUUACCCCAAAGGAACAAGAAUGGAUUCCUCCAACUACAAUCCCCAACCUUUUUGGAACGUUGGCUGCCAGAUGGUGGCGCUCAACUACCAGACAAUGGAUUUCCCCAUGCAGCUCAACAUGGCCCUGUUUGAAUUCAACGGCCGAACAGGCUACCUCCUCAAGCAUGACGUUAUGCGUCGCAGUGACAAGAAGUUUGACCCUUUCUGUGACAGGAUCGACACUGUUGUGGCGAGCACACUGACCAUAAAGAUCUAUUCGGGGCAGUUUCUUUCUGACAAGAAUGUAAAAACAGGGGUUGAGGUGGAAGUGAUCGGGCUGCCAGGAGACCCCAAGAAAAAAUAUCGCACCAAAUGGUCCACCACUCCCAACGCCAUUAACCCCGUGUGGAACGAAGAGCCUUUUGUUUUUGAGAAGAUCUUGCUGCCAGAAAUGGCAUCUUUAAGAAUUGUUGUUCACGAAGAGAACGGGAAGUUUGUGGGACACAGAAUCAUUCCUCUUGAUGCCAUCCAGUCAGGCUUCCAUCACAUCUGCCUGCGCAGUGAGAGCAACAUGCCCCUCACUCUGCCUGCUCUCUUUGUGUACAUUGAGGUCAAGGACUACAUCCCUGCUGCCUUUGCGGAUUUCACAGAUGCCUUAUUUAAUCCGACAAAGGGCACAGAGAAAACCACAAAGCCCCCCAAACAGUCGUCUUCUGACUAUGUGUCUCCCUAUGAGUUGCCUCUUGUGGCCCAGCCCCCCACAGACCAAGCUAAAGAAAGUGAAGCUCCUGCUGCGGAAAAUGCUGCAUCUGAAUCUACACCCCCCACUGAUGCCGCUGACCAGCCACCCCAGUCUCCACCAGAAGCUGGUGCUGAAGAAGCUAAAAAUGAGGAAGAAAACAAGGCCGAGCCUCCUCAAGCUCUUGAUAAAGCUCCAACUGAAGAUGCAGCACCAUCUGAAACCGUUCCUGAAGAUGCUCCUUCCCCUAUGGAGGCUGCUCCUGAGACAAAAGCAGACCCAGAGCCUGAAGCAACUCCUGAAGCCAAAGAAGACCCAGGCACUGAGUCUAGUACAAGUCAAGAACCUGACAACAAAAAGGAAGCAGAAACUGCUAGCGCAGCAGAGCCUGCCACUAAAGAGUCUGCAGCUGAAACACCUCCGCCCGCAGAACCUGUUGGAGAGCCUUCUGCUGGGGCCGUUCCCUGCCCAACAGUUGCAUCCACAGAAUCUGCAGGAUCAGAGCCUUCGACUGUGACUACUGAAGAACUAACACAGCACAAGAGCUAUCUGAAGGUCAUCAAGCGUCAGGAGAAGGAGAUAAAAGAAAUAGAAAAGAAGUAUCAGAAAAAAGGCGAGGACCUGAUUCAGAAAUACUCUGACAGUUUCAAGGCCAUCAAGAAGAAGCUUUCAGUGAAGAAAAAAGAGGGAGGUGACAACACCUCUGAGUCCAAUGUGAAGAAAGAGCGGGUGCAGGAGCUGAAGGAAAAAAUGACGUUGGAAAUAAAAGCACUGUUUACUGAGCAGUAUGAUCAGAUGAAGAAGAAGAAGGAGCAGUGUGCAACAGAGAGACUAGCCAAACUGAUGGAGAUGGCCAUGGAGAGACACACCAUUGAACUGAAGACCCUGGAGAGUGAAACCAGAGAAAACAAGAAAAAAGCCCAAAAAUGUUCAUCCACAGACAAAGCAAAGCUGAAAAAGGCAAUGAGCACUGAGAUGUUGGAUGAAGCGAGUCAGGUGAAUGAUGCGUCUUCAGAUUACAGUCCACAGCAAGAGACUCUGAUGAAGAAACAGGCUGCUACACUGGAAGAAAUCAAGACCGUAACCCAUCAGCUCAAUCAAGAGGCCCUGAAGGAGCAUGAUCAGAAAACAAAGUUGCUGGCACGAGAAGCGAGAGGGGCUGUUAAUGUAUGUGUGGGGGCGCACUUCCCUGAAUUGGUCGACGAGGCUGGAGACAAGAGUGCGGGGGGCUAUGGAGAUGUCUUUCUAGGUUAGAUGUGCCUUUUAAUCACAGACCUCUCUGCCUAACCCUGCUAUAACUUUUUUUUUUUUUCCACUUUUAUAACUGUUUUCAAACUGUUAUAUAACCUAUAAUCUGGGCACAAAUAUGAAAUAGUAGAAGAUUAUUUAAUAAGGGGUUCUCAGAGUGAAGUUGCAAUUUUGUUGUGCUAAUUCAUAGGUAGGUGUAUUCUUUAGGGAGCUGAUGAUGUUUUCACAAAUGUCCGGGUAGUCCAAAAUUAGAUGAUUUGCAAAGAUUCUUUUUUAGUUUCUGUUUUAUUCUUUUAUUUCUGUUUCUUUUCACCAAUGGAAAAAAGCACCUUAAAUUAGGCUGCAAAGGGACAAAUAUCUUGCAGAUGAGGGCUCUGUGCUAAAAGCCUUAGAGAGGUGCUUGUGGUCUCCUUUCUGUUCUCUUAAGUUAAAAAUGGGACCAAAUGCAGUGCUAAAAAUAGGUUAUCAGAGUCUGCAGGGCUGAAUGAGACAAUGACUCCAUUUGUCACACUUCAGUUUGCAUGUGUGAUAAGAAUUCACUCGGACUCUGUGAUGUAGCCACAAUGUAAGAUUUGCAGAAUGAAAAAGGUAAAUUUACUCUGUAGCUUGAAGCUCCUAUGAUGCCGGUUGCACGUGGACAUGUGGAACAUCCUGUAUUGCAUGUAAAACAUGAAUAUUAGGUUUGAAAAAAGUGGGAGAUAGCUUACACUCUAUGUUCAGUGAUUUUUUUUUGGUAUACCCUCAGGAAUUUCUAUUAUUUUACUUCUGUGAUAAAUUGCUAAUUAAUAAACUUACAGUCACUCUAAAUAUGUUAUUUUGCUUUAUUU